AUGAACCCAAAGCAAAAUAAUGAUAGUGGUGAUUAUGGUGAUGUCCAUGGAGACGAAGAUGCUGUUGAUAUGGAUACUGUCCGGCCCAACAUUGACCCCGAUGGUUCUGUUGUGGCAGCAAUCUCGGAUGUAUCAACAGAAGAUGCCAAUGAGGUACCAGUAUUACAAAAUGCCAGAAAUGGACGGAUAUCACAUGGAUCUUUAGAAUUCCUGCCAACAAAAGGUCAAAUGGAAAAGGUAAGCCCCACACAAGAAGAUGAGCAGCACGCUCUUUUGCAAAUGGCAACCGAAGUCAAUGAAGCAGCCAAAUUAGAAGAAUUUAGUAGCCGCGUGCCAGCUGAUGCUAGCCAUGGCCUCAUGCAAAUGGCAACAGAGAUUACUGAGGUGGCCAAAUUGGAAGAGUUUAGCAACAACAGGUCUGCCGGUACUGAUGGAGAAGAUCACACUCCCAUGCAAACGGCAACAGAAACAAAUGAGGCAUCCGAAUUGGAAAGGAUCAGCAGGAGCAGACCCACUGAAAGGGCAGGAAACUCUCAAAAUACCACAGCAGGGCAGCUACUAGCAUCUGGGAAUGGAAGCGUCCCAGAAACAAUGCUACGUAGAACACCCCAAGGGAUUUCACAGCUACGUCAACCCGGAGCCUAUAUGGGAACACCAGGAGAAGCCUUGCAGCGCACCAGUGCCCUUCAAUACUCACUUGUUGGUGCUCCAGCUACCAACACAGAUGAUAUUGACCAAUUGCAAACUGAACUCAUUCAAACAGAUGCCUUGCCACAUGUGCUACCCAACGUCGUCAACAACCACAGUGAUCAGCAGCUAGCAGUGGCAAAUCUCGUUGUGGAGGAUGCUGAGCAUCUCAGGCUCCAUAUGAUACCACCAGCAAGCCAGGUGGAUAUGCAGAUGGUUGAGGAAAGACAGCAAAAGAAGAGGCGACAGGCUCAGUUAUUCCUUUUGUUUGUUGUCAUGUUGUGCAUAGUGGCAGCCAUUGUUGUUGGCACAGUGGCUGGAACAAGAAAAGGAAAGGAUCCUGUCUCUACAAGCCGCAUCCAAACAGCUACUCCAACAGCCUUUGGUUCCAUGGAACCUUCUGGAGUUCCUUCCUCAGCUCCGACUGGAGUUCUUGAUUACAUGCUUGAAGAUCUUCCUAAUAACACAAUUGAGAGUUUGCAGACUUUUGGGACGCCACAGUGGCGGGCACGGGACUGGCUUUUGGAUCACCAAAACAUCACCAAAUUGCCAGAAUGGAGGAAGACACAACUCUUUGCUCUGGCCACCUUCUACUACUCCUUUGAGGGCGAAAAUUGGUUUCAACCUAUCCAAGAAAAGUGGAUGGAUGACUUUGUGGACGAGUGCCUAUGGUACUCCAGCGGGUUUUCCCAUUUUGAUAAUGGUGUUUAUGCAGAAUACCCUGCUGCUGUUGCUUCUCUUCCAUGCAACCACCUUGGAGAGUAUACAAGUCUGUGGAUUGAAGAUCUCAAUCUUCCGGGUCUGGCACCUGUGGUUCCACGGGAGAUCAUACUGUUGACAUCCUUGUGGCACAUUGGGCUGGGAUUUAAUGAGAUUUCUCUACCUUUUACUACUCCUUUGAGGGAGAUAAUUGGUUUGAACUUAUUCAAGAAAAGUGGAUGGAUGAUACAGUGGAUGAAUGUCUGUGGUUCUCCAGUGGAUUUUCCCAUUUUGAUAAUGGUGUCUACGCAGAAUACCCUGCCGAUCUUGCAGAUGUUCCAUGCAACCACCUUGGAGAGUUCACAAGUCUUUGGGUUGAAAAUCUUGACCUUCCUGGCCUGA